AUGGAAGCCAAGGAUGUCCCCAUCCCUGUCCCUGCGCUGGCCACAGAGCGUCGGUUUGCCCAGUGCAUCAGGGAGCAUUUGGAAGAGGAGCAGCUCCUGGAUGGGCGCUACCAGCUGCAGCAGAUGCCAGGGGGCCGUGUGGCCCUGCCUGUGCUGGAGGAGAAGCUCUCCCAGCUGUGCCUGCCCACAGACAUGCCCUGUGAGCUGGUGCAGAUCCAGGACCCUGUCCCCUCCAGGGCAUCCCGCCAGCGGACACCUGCCCAGAAGCUACGGGAUGAACUGCAGCAGCUGCUGGGUGAGGGCUGGUCAGAGGAGCUGGACCGUGACGUGCCCCAUGCCUGGCAGAGACAUGGGGACCUGGUCUUGCUGAGCGAGGACAGCUUCAAGGCUGCACUGUGGGAGAGGCUGGGGAAGGGGAAGCAGGGUCCAGCACUCUGGAAGACAGUUGCUUCAGCUUUGGGUGCCCGGCGGGUGGCCAGGAGAGGACGGGUGUUGCCAGAUGGGAUGAGGACCCCCAGUGUCACUCUGCUGCUGGGCCAGGAUGGCUGGGUGGAGCAUGUGGACAAUGGGAUCAGGUACACCUUUGACGUGACCAAGUGCAUGUUCUCACCAGGCAACAUCACGGAGAAGCUGCGGGUGGCCUCGCUGCCCUGCUCCGGAGAGGUCUUGGUGGAUCUCUACGCAGGCAUCGGCUACUUCACGUUGCCAUUCCUGGUUCAUGCAGCAGCUGCCUUUGUCCACGCCUGCGAGUGGAACAUUCAUGCCGUGGAGGCUCUGCACAGGACCCUGGUGCUGAAUGGUGUGCGGGAUCGCUGCCACAUCCACCACGGGGACAGCCGACAGCUGGAGCUGCGGGACGUAGCGGACAGGGUGAACCUGGGGCUGAUCCCCAGCUCAGAGGAAGGCUGGCCAGUGGCCUGUCGUGUCCUGAAGAAGGACACAGGUGGGGUUCUGCACAUCCACCACAACGUGGAGACUCCCCCUGCACCAGCCCUAUGGCAGAACCCUGUCCUACCAGCUGAGCAGGGGUCUCCAGAGGCAGCCAGCUCUGACAGAGAGGCACAGCACCCAGUGGAGAACAGAGGGAAGGAGGUGCUGGGGACCAGGAUCAGACCCGAGUGGCAGAGGUGGGCUGAAGCCACAGCGACACGGAUCCAGGGGCUGCUAGCAGAGCUGCAUGGGCAGCCGUGGCACACCAGAGUCCUGCACAUCGAGGCAGUGAAAUCCUAUGCUCCUCACGUGCAUCACGUUGUGCUGGACCUCGAGUGCCGACCAGUGCUGCCUGCCUAG